CCACGCUUCCCAUUCAUAUCCUCGACGCUGUCAAUAGAACACGCCUUGUGCGAUGCUCUCGUACAGCUGCCUUCGUGUCGGCCUAAUGGUGUUUAUUUGGGGGAUACUUUAUCCUCCUUCAGAUGCCAGGGGUGUGAAGACUCUGCGAGUUGCGUAUGGGAACAGUUUAAAGGAAGAACAUACAUGUACUGCGCUACCACUGGCGGAGGACAAUGAAGAGUACAUAGUAACAUUUGACCCGAAGGCUGACCCAUCCCGCGUCCUUCACCUCAGCGUUCAAGUGUGCGAUGGCAUUCCAGGUCAUGAACUUUUGUGGUCAUGUGGUGAUGGAGUCCCCGGAUGUAUUGGAAACAUCAGGCCAGUGUAUGUGUGGGGUAUGAACUCCACAACAUGGCGACUACCACCAGACACGGCUAUUCCUGUGGGCGGCGCUUCUGGUGGGCGCUUUAUCGUGCUCCAGGCUCAUAUACACAACCCACAUCAUACAAGUAGAACGAUGUCGUCUCACCCACCGUACGCUGAGGUCAAACUCCAUGUCUCCACUCGCAGGCCUCGCUUCGAAGUUGGUCUGAUGAUUUUGGGUAACACUGGCUUCAUCCCUCCACAGCAAACGAGUUUUGUUUCUGAGAGCGCAUGCCCAUGGAAUUCUGUCCAAUCAGCGUUUGUCCUCGGCUACCGUCUCCAUACCCAUAGGUUAGGCCGCUGGAUAGAAGGUUUCGCAGUUUCUGAAGACGGUUGGAAACUUAUUGGUGAGGGAACACCACUAUCACCAGAGAAUGUCCAUCGUAGUUUUACGAAACAACUUUUAAGGAAUGGAGACUUUUUGGCUUCGAGAUGCUACUAUGAAAAUCUUCAAUCAAAGCCGGUGAACUUUGGAUCUGAAUUUCAUGAUGAAAUGUGCAAUUUCCACCUGCUGUACGUUUUCCCAUAUGGCUCUGCUCCAAACCUACGUUUCCGAACAUGCGCACAAGACGCCCAGGCUUUUCAUCUAAAAGAUGCAUUUUUCGCUGUUCCUGAAGUUAAAAAGUUUGUGGGGGAAAAAUCGGAUACCCAAUUUGGAUAUUGACAAUAUGUGUGACUCAAGAUGAGUAAAAACGUUAUUUAUCAGAAAUAAGAACCACAAUGAGAUGACAAGUUUGAUUAUAGCCGUAUGUGUAUACUAUACCUAGAUCUGGGAAACUGACACAUGCCAUGUCUGACUGACCGAAGCUAUCGACAUCCUGAAUAUUUGAAGGUCGGAAAAUGUCGUUAUAAAACCGUUUCAUCAAAUCUGCUGUCUAAGGACUGAAUAUCAAUAUUUCAACUCAAAUUCAUAUCUUACAGACAAAUGUAAUCAUUAUAUGUAAUUUGGAAUAAAAAUUCACAUUUUGCAAAA